GGAUGCAUGGGACGCUGAUGUGUUUAGCAGCCUCUGUAAGAAAUAAGAGACAUUCAGAAGAAAGAUGUCCGCAUUUCUCGGAACUGUUAAUAUUUUGAGAACUUAUUUGUUCUUGAGGCAAAUGCUUCGUUUUGCUCUUGGAGAAAAAUCCAUGGGAGGAAAGAGAAAUUCACCCUCAGGGCUGUAAGGAAGUCCAAGAGUUUGAGGAAGGGGGCUAGAAUCCUUUUUUCACCCUACCUUUCUGCCCUUUAAUGCAUGAAUGGAGGAUUUGUUCCAUUUCAACCUAUAUUCUUCAAACUAUUCAUUCUCAUUAAUGACAUAGCAAAUCUUAUUUUAAAGUCUUACUUGCCUGCUCCUCUUCUUUAAAAAUAGUCACUGGAAACAUCUCUAGAGAACAUAUGUUGGUAUGUUUAUAUUUGGUUGGAAAUAUGCGGAAGAGACCUUCAUCCUGCAGUGGAUAGACAAUGGCUAAAAUGAUGAUGAUCAUGAUGGUAUAAUGUAGUGGUCUGUGGGAAUGCUUGAUAAGCCAGACUGAACAAACAAACAUCAUGUAAAAUGUUUCUCAGUCCCCACAAAGAGACUGUGUGCAUCUCCCUCACAAAACCAUCUCGGUGUUCAUCCCAAGAUCUGUCCCUGAAUUGCCAGGUUGAUGGUCUUUCCACUGCAAGAGGCAUAAGGAAGCCCAAAGAAAAGGAAGGGAAGGUCAAUUCCUUGGCACUCAAGAGACAAAACUUUCUAAAUCGAAAGGAAAAGAUUCCUGGAGGAAGAGAUAGAACAGGCAUAGGUAUAUCUACAAAAGAAGAAAGGCCACAGCUAUCACGAGAAGGGGAGAAGAUAAGCAAAUCCUGAUCAGAAUGAAAGGAGGAAAUAAAUGAAAUACUUCACAAAAAUGGCAGAUAUUUACCCAGAAAUAGCAGCUACCUUCAAAUCAGAAUCUCUGAAUUCUCUCUGACUUGUGUUGGGGAAUUCCAAAGAUGCAGGAGCCAUUCACAAGAGAGAUCUCAGCAGAUUUCUGGGAAAGAGGAAAUCAACGUACUCAUUCUCGGGGGCUGCUUUUCAGGAGGAUCCAACUUGGGGCACUACAGCAGGGCUCUGAUCCCUUUGAGGAGGUCACUGUGGACUUCACAGAAGAGGAGUGGGUGCUGCUGGAUUCAGGCCAGAGAGAUUUGUGCAAAGAGGUCUCACUGGAGGCUUUUAGGAAUAUGUCGGCCCUGGCAGAUGAUGGAAUGGAGAAUGAGAAUAAGGAGCAGGGAAGGUUAAUACCACUGCAAACAACAAGCUAUGAAGUAGAAAUGAUGUUUGACCAUCAAGCAAAUUCAAAAAGACAAGAGAGAAGCCACUCAGAAGGUAGGGGACAGGAAUCCUCGAUACCUCAUCAUUCCUUUUCUGUUACUUUACCUGAGAAACUUCAGAUGAAAUACAAGCCACAUAUCAUUGUAAAGUCGGGGAAGGAUUCCAGUCUGAACAAAGAGACUAAAACAUACAGAAAAUGUGGAAAGAGCUUCAGAAGGGUGGCUACUCUUAAUGAAUAUGAAAGGAUCCAAAGAGCAGAAAAAUUAUAUAGUUGUGAGGAAUGUGGAAAGGGGUUUGUUUUAAUAGGAAAGCUUAACUUUCAUAAAAAGUUUCACACAGAUGAGAAACUAUAUAAAUGCAAACAACGUGGAAAGAACUGUUUCAGGAGAAUUCUUCGUUUCUACGGGAGGAUCCGCAGAAGGAAGAAAAAACAUAGCUGCAGGGAGUGCGGAAAGCAAUUCUUUGAGAACACUACUCUUACCAUCCAUCAAAGGAGUCACACAGGGGAAAGACCAUAUAAAUGCCUGGAGUGUGGAAAGAACUUCAUUUCAAAUGGAAAUCUUAGUUCUCAUAAAAGAAUCCACAUAGGGGAGAGAUCGUUUAAGUGCAUGGAGUGUGGAAAGCAGUUUAUUCGGAAAGGAUAUCUUACUGAUCAUGAAAUGGUUCACACAGGAGUGAAACCAUAUAAAUGCACAGAGUGUGGAAAGAACUUUCGUUUCAAGCGUAAUCUUAAGCGCCAUGAGAGGAUCCAUAGAGGGGAGAAACAACAUAGCUGUGUGAAGUGUGGAAAAAGUUUCACUGAAAAAAGUUAUCUUUCUGAUCAUGAAAGGGUUCACACAGGAGUAAAACCAUAUAAAUGCACAGAGUGUGGAAAGAACUACCGUUUCAGAUGCAAUCUUAAUCGCCAUGAGAUGAUCCAUAGAAGGGAGAAACAACAUAGUUGCAUGGAGUGUGGAAAAGGAUUCUAUGAGUGGACAGACCUUACUAUCCAUCAAAGGAUCCACACAAGGAAGGAACUGUAUAGUUGUGAGGAAUGUGGAAAGACCUUUGUUUUAAUAGAAGAACUUAAUUUUCAUAAAAGGAGUCACACAGCUGAGAAAGUAAAUGGUUGCAUAGAGAGUGAAAGGAGUUUCAAUUUCUGGAAUAGUCUUGAUAACCAUGAGAGGAUCCACAGAAGGGAGAAAAAAUAUAGCUGCAGGGAGUGUGGAAAGAGAUUCUUUGAGAACACAGCUCUUAUCCUCCAUCAAAGGAGUCACACAGGGGAGAAACCAUAUAAAUGCCUGGAGUGUGGAAAGAGCUUUAUUUCAAAUGGAAAUCUUAAUUCUCAUAAAAGAAUCCACACGGGAGAGAGACCGUUUAAGUGCAUGGAAUGUGGAAAGCAGUUUAUUCGGAAAGGAUAUCUUACUGAUCAUGAAAUGGUUCACACAGGAGUGAAACCAUAUAAAUGCACAGAGUGUGGAAAGAACUUUCGUUUCAAGCGUAAUCUUAAGCGCCAUGAGAGGAUCCAUAGAGGGGAGAAACAACAUAGCUGCAUGGAGUCUGAAAAAUGUUUCACUCAGAAAAAAGAUCUUAUUGAUCAUGAAAUGGUUCACACAGGAGUAAAACCAUAUAAAUGCACAGAGUGUGGAAAGAACUACAGUUUCAGAUGCAAUCUUAAUUUCCAUGAGAUGAUCCAUAGAAGGGAGAAACAACAUAGUUGCAUGGAAUGUGGAAAAGAAUUCUAUGAGUGGACAGACCUUACUAUCCAUCAAAGGAUCCACACAAGGAAGGAACUGUAUAGUUGUGAGGAAUGUGGAAAGACCUUUGUUUUAAUAGAAGAACUUAAUUUUCAUAAAAGGGGUCACACAGCUGAGAAAGUAAAUGGUUGCAUAGAGAGUGAAAGUUUCAAUUUCAGGAAUAGUCUUGAUAACCAUGAGAGGAUCCACAGAAGAGAGAAAAAACAUAGCUGCAGGGAGUGUGGAAAGAGAUUCUUUGAAAACAGAGAGCUUACUAUCCAUCAAAGGAGUCACACAGGGGAGAGACCAUAUAAAUGCCUGGAGUGUGGGAAGAGCUUUAUUUCAAAAGGAAAUCUUAAUUCUCAUAAAAGAAUCCAUACAGGGGAGAGACCAUUUAAGUGCAUGGAGUGUGGAAAGCAGUUUGUUCGGAAAACACAUCUUUCUGAUCAUGAAAGAGUUCACACAGGAGUGAAACCAUAUGAAUGCACAGGGUGUGGAAAGACCUUCCGUUUCAGGGGUAAUCUUAAUAAUCAUGAGAGGAUCCACAGAGGGGAGAAACAACAUAACUGAAUGGUGUGUGGAAAAGGAUAUGAGAGGAGAGACAUUACUAUGCAUCAAAGGAUACACACGGGAGAGCUCCUAUAAAUGCUCUGUGUGUAGAACAAGCUUCCAUUUCAAAAGUUCUCUUAGUUCCCAUGAGAGGAUGCAGACUCCUACAGGGAGUCUGGAAAAGGAUUCUGUGAGAGGAGAGACCUUAUUAUAUCCAUUGAAGGAUCCAUAGAGUAGAAAGACCGUAAAAAUGGAAAGAGUAUGGAAAGGGCUUCAAUACAGACUUUCAUGUGGCUCAACACGAGAUCCACACAAGGAAUAAACUGGAACAUGGAAAGAACUUUACUUAGGUGUCAACUUUGAAAUGGAUCAAACCAUUUUCUCAGUUUCUCAGCUUGACACACUUUGGGGGAAGGAAGGAGAUUUGGAAUGACCACACAACAACUUACUAUCUUGUGGGAACCAAGGUUAUCCUAACAGGUGCUAGCCAGAGACUGGAAGGUUUCCAAGGAGAUGCUAGAACACCUAAUUGGACAAUGUUACCUGUGACAAGGGAGGGAGCUAUAUAAUUUUUAAUUACUGAAAGUGUGGGAAAUAGCCAGAGCUGGUUUGUUUUUCAACUGCCGAAAUGAUGCAUUCAAUAAACCAGUUCUUUGAGAAAGCUGAAAGUCUUAAGACUUGAGUUGCCAGAUUGGGUGGGUUCAUUACUUGAAACCUUGACAUCCAGAAGGACAAAGUAAGUCUCUUAAAAGAAUCUAUACAAUUAGUCCCCUGCUUACAAGUGUUUAUUUAGUGAAUGUUCAAUGUUCAAGGAGCCUGGAUAGCUCUGCAGACAAGGCACUGUAAUUUAACACUAGCUGUCUGCAAUUAAAGUAAGUUUGAAUCUUGCCAGGCUCAAGGUUGAUUCAGCCUUCCAUCCUUUCUAAGGUAGAUAAAUUGAGGACCCAGUUUGUGGGGGCAAUAAGCUGACUUUGUAUAAAAUAUACCAAAGUAUGAAGGCUAUUGCUUAACGCACUGUAAGCCGCCCUGAGUCUCCGGAGAAGGGCAGCAUAUAAAUCAAUUUUUUAAUUUUUUUUUUUAAAUGUUACAGUGAAAAAAAUGAAAUAAAAUGAAAAACGUGA